AUGAGAUCAUCAAUUCGGAGCUUGGAAACUCAGAUUGGACAGUUGGCUACGCUUAUGGCAAACCGAGCUCAAGGGAACUUGCCAAGCACUACUGAGGUAAAUCCAAAGGGGAAUCCUAACGAACAGUGUCAAGCGAUUACUUUGAGGAGUGGAACAGUGUAUGAGGGAACAAAUGUGGAAAAGAGCGUCGAGCAGAAGCAAGAUCAACAGGCACCCAAUGAAGAGGACAAGAAGACUUGUGAAGAGAAGGUUAAAGAGAUUCCGCCAGCAAGAGAAGUGGUACCUCCGGUGUCUAUAGAUCAUCACAGAAAAAUUCCAUAUCCACAGAGACUCCAAAAGAACCGUCUUGACAAGCAGUUUGCAAAGUUCUUAGAGGUAUUCAAGAGGCUGCAUAUCAACAUACCCUUCGCAGAAGCAUUAGAGCAGAUGCCCAGUCACGUUAAAUUUAUGAAAGAUAUUUUAUCAAAGAAGAGAAAGAUGGAGGAUUACGAAACUGUGGCAUUGACCGAAGAGUGCAGUGCUAUUUUGCAAAGGAAGCUUCCACAGAAGUUAAGAGAUCCUGGAAGUUUCACAAUCCCAUGCACAAUUGGUAACUUUGAGUGUAAACAUGCACUAUGUGAUUUAGGAGCCAGCAUAAAUCUCAUGCCUCUAUCGGUAUUCAAAAGACUUGGUUUGGGUGAGGCAAAGCCAACAACUGUUACACUACAAUUGGCCGAUAGAUCACUGGCUCAUCCGAGGGGGAUUAUUGAAGAUGUGCUAGUGAAGGUCGACAAGUUCAUUUUCCCUGCAGAUUUUAUUGUGCUGGACAUGGAGGAGGAUGCAAAUGUCCCAAUUAUUCUUGGGCGACCGUUCCUAGCAACAGGACAAGCUCUAAUAGAUGUGCAAAAGGGAGAGCUGAAACUCAGAGUUGAGGGGGACGAGGUGGUGUUUAGUGUCUUCAAGGCAAUGACGUAUCCGAUGGCUAGUGACAGUUGCUACAGUGUGGAUGUGAUAGAUAAAGCAGUUUUGAAAAGAAGGGUCAGUAGUGAUGCUUUAGCGGCAGUGUUGACUGGUGGGAAGGAAGAUGAAGAUGAUGAUGAGAUGAAAGAAUAUGUCAAAUGGAUUAACUCUUACCACCCGUAUACGAAGAAAUUCGAAAAGUUGGCAGAGGCCACCGAUCGACCAUUAACAUCCAUUCAGCAGCCACCGAAAUUGGAAUUAAAGGUUCUUCCUGAGCAUUUGUGUUAUGCGUAUUUAGGGGAGAAUGAGACCUUGCCAGUAAUUGUUUCAGCUGAUCUCUCAAAAACUGAAUUGGAGAAAUUGUUGAGGGUGGUGCCAAAGAAAGGUGGAAUAACAGUAGUUAAGAAUGAAAAUAACGAGUUAAUCCCAACUCGAACUGUGACCGGGUGGCGCAUUUGCAUCGACUAUCGUUAUCAUCAAAUUUCCAUCGCACCAGAGGACCAAGAGAAAACUACAUUUACAUGUCCCUAUGGCACGUUCGCUUUCAGGAGAAUGCCAUUCGGGUUAUGUAAUGCACCAGCAACAUUCCAACGGAAUGUAUUAAACCGAUGUGAAAAAGCAAAUUUGGUGUUAAAUUGGGAAAAAUGCCACUUUAUGGUCAAGGAGGGAAUAGUACUUGGGCACAAAAUAUCUAGUAAAGGUAUUGAGGUGGAUCGAGCCAAAAUCUCAGUAAUAGAAAAUCUCCCCCCACCAGUGUCAGUAAAAGGAGUACGAAGUUUUCUUGGGCAUGCUGGAUUUUACAGAAGGUUUAUCAGAGAUUUUUCCAAAAUUGCUAAGCCUCUCUCGACCUUGUUAAUGAAUGAAGUGAAGUUCGAUUUUAAUGAAGAUUGUUUAAAAGCUUUCAGAAUGUUAAAGGAGAAGUUGAUUUCUGCACCGAUAGUUGCUGCACCAAAUUGGGACCUUCCAUUCGAAUUGAUGUGCGAUGCCAGUGACUAUGCAGUUGGGGCCGUCUUGGGUCAGAGAAUUGAUAGGGUCUUUUAUACAAUUUAUUAUGCAAGCAAAACAAUGAAUGAAGCUCAAUUGAACUAUGCCACCACUGAAAAGGAGCUGCUUGCAAUAGUUUUUGCAGUUGAUAAGUUUAGACCCUACCUCGUUGGAAAUAAGGUCAUAGUGUACACUGAUCAUUCGGCAAUAAAGUACCUCAUGGCAAAGAAAGAUGCAAAGCCUCGAUUAAUACGGUGGAUACUGUUAUUACAAGAGUUUGAUAUUGAGAUCAGAGAUAAAAAAGGAACAUAG